AGCAACAGCAAUCGCAGAGAGGCUUCGGGUGGACUUUGCUCUUAUUCAUAAAGAGCGCCGAUCUCAAAAUAAGCCUCAUAAGACUGAUAUGAUGCUUGUUGGUGAUGUUAAUGGUAAGGUCUGCAUUCUUAUAGAUGAUAUUGCAGAUACUUCUUAUACAAUUACCAAGGCAGCCAAUAUUCUUUAUGAAAAUGGUGCUCAAAAGAUUUAUGCUAUUAUUACACAUGCAAUCAUGAGCGGCGAUGCCAUUCAACGAAUUCAAGAAAGCAAUAUCGAUCAAAUUUUCGUGAGUGACAGUGUUCCACAAGAUGAGCAUUUGGCACAAUGCCCUAAAAUGAAUGUGUUCAAUGUCGCCCCUAUGUUCGCUGAAGCUAUUAGGAGAACACAUAAUGGUGAAAGUGUUAGCGCGUUGUUUGAGAUUAUGAAUUGA